ACCAGAUACUAUUGGCUAACUUUGCAAACAAAAUACCCUUAGAGGGAGGGAAAGGGAAAUACUCGUGUCUGGUAGCGUCUGCACAGGACAGGGUGACUGGCACAUCUAGAGGCUCCCUUGGCAGUCCACGCCAGGCCCUCACCAUGCCCACUGAUUCAGUUCCAGAAGACUUUGAGUAUGACGACUCCGCCGAAGCCUGUUACAUUGGGAACGUCGUGGCCUUUGGGACGGUCUUCCUGUCCGUAUUCUAUUGCCUUGUGUUUGCCAUCGGCCUGGUGGGAAAUUUGCUGGUGGUGCUUGCCCUCACCAACAGCAAGAAGCCCAAGAGUGUCACCGACAUUUACCUCCUGAACUUGGCCUUGUCUGACCUGCUGUUUGUAGCCACCUUGCCCUUCUGGACUCACUAUGUGAUUAGUGAGCAGGGCCUCCCCAAUGCUUUGUGCAAACUCACCACCGCCUUCUUCUUCAUCGGCUUUUUUGGAAGCAUAUUCUUCAUCACGGUCAUCAGCAUCGAUAGAUACUUGGCCAUCGUCCUGGCAGCCAACUCCAUGAACAACCGGACCGUGCAGCACGGCGUCACCAUCAGCCUAGGUGUCUGGGCAGCAGCCAUCUUGGUGGCAGCCCCCCAGUUCAUGUUCACAAAGGAGAAAGAAAACGAAUGCCUUGGUGACUACCCCGAGGUCCUCCAGGAAAUCUGGCCCGUGCUCCGUAACGUGGAAGCAAACCUUCUCGGCUUCCUGCUCCCCCUGCUCAUUAUGAGUUACUGCUACUUCAGAAUCAUCCAGACGCUCUUUUCCUGCAAGAACCAAAAGAAAUCCAAAGCCAUCAAACUGAUCCUUCUGGUGGUCAUCGUGUUUUUCCUCUUCUGGACACCCUACAACAUUAUGGUUUUCCUGGAGACGCUUAAGCUCUACGACUUUUUUCCCAGUUGUGACCUGAGGAAGGAGCUGAAGCUGGCCCUCAGUGUGUCCGAGACGGUUGCAUUUAGCCACUGUUGCCUGAAUCCUCUCAUCUAUGCGUUUGCUGGGGAGAAGUUCAGAAGAUACCUCUACCACCUGUAUGGGAAAUGCCUGGCUGUCCUGUGCGGGCGCUCAGUCCAUGUUGGUUUCUCUGCAGCCAGAUCACAAAGGAGCAGGCAGGGAAGUGUCCUGAGCAGCAAUUUGACCUACCACACCAGUGAUGGAGGUGUGACCCUCCUCUGAAGGGACUCACAGAGCCUUGUGUCUACAGAGAACCUGGAGUUCCUAAAUCUGAUGCUGGAUGAUGAGGAAAGAUUUUUGCUGUUUUUUCUUACAAGCACAAAAUGAUGGACCCAAUGCACACGAAACAACCCUAGAGUGUUUUUGAGAAUUGUGCUCAAAAUUUGAAUGACAAAGAGUAGACAUGUCUCUUACUGCAAGUGUCAGAACUUUUUUAUUUACAGAUGAGAAAAAUUCAACUCAGACUAGUUUAGUUAAAAGGGGGUGAUGAAUAUUGUUCACAUUGUGGCAUAGGCAAAAGGGUAUCUGAGCUCUCAAAGUGAGGGGAAACCAGGGCCUGAACUCUUCCCUCAUUUGAAUCUUUUAGUCAUUAUAGAUUCCCCAGACUUACAUGACACAACUUUAUCACCAGAGAGGGACAUGCUUCUCUGGCUGCAAAGGCAAAAUCCCCAGGGAAGUGCUCUGAUUGGGGAAGGUCUGUAUCAAGUGCUCAUCCUGGAAGGCGCUGUUCUCCAUGUGGAAGGGAUAAAUAAGAGGGAAGCUUCCAGUUCAAUCUCAUGAAUAGAGAAGCAGAAAGACAUAUUUCCAAGAAGUUGGGUGGGUGGGUGGGUGGGUACUAUUCUGAUUACACAGAACAUAUGCCACACCUCACCCUUACCAUGUGUCCAGCCCAGUGUCUCCACUGAUCACACCAGCCUCCUCUUCAUUAAGCCCUCCUCCAUCAUGUCCCCAACCUGCAAGGGCUCCCCGCUGCCUACUGCAUCAAGUCCAAACUCAAAUGCUUGGCCUCUCAUAUGCCCAUCAUGGAUUCCCAACAGAUUCCCCAUUGCUCCUCCUUCCCAAAGGACUCCACCCACCCUAUCAGCCUGUCUCUUCCAUCUGACCUCAUUCACUCCACCUGCUCCCAGGCCAGUAGGGGAAAUAGAAAGAACUCUGCCCCCAGAUAAGAAGGGAUGGAUUCCAAUCCCAACACUCUCAGUUGCCCCCUGGGCAGCUUGAGACCAAUCAAGCUUCAGUUUCCUUGUCUGUAGAAGAGGGAUAAGGUACCUUUUGCAUAGAGACCACCCUUUCCAGCAUGAGGAACUAGCUACCAGCUCUCGCAGGUCCAACCCUUUUGUCUGCUUCUUCAGACCUCUGCUUUCCCCACAGCUGGCACUGCAGCACCGUGCCCAAGUGGUGAUGCUGACGAAACUUGGAGGAGCGUCAGGUGCUGCUGCAUGACGUAGCCCAGACACAGAAGAGGCCAGUUCCUACAAUGGCACCCAGCGAGCACUCCCAAGCCCGCCGAGUGAUAGCCUUCCUUAAGCGACUCUCCUGGACUGUCUUGAAUAUUCCCUCCCAAUCACCUGUGGCAGUCCCCUGCCCCUUUGGCAAAAUACCCCGUCAUUCAUGCCACUGCCAACCUGGAGAGCCAGGGACACGGGAACAGCUUUUUCUUCUCCUUCUUCUUCUUCUUCUUCUUCUUCUUCUUCUUCUUCUUCUUCUUCUUCUUCUUCUUCUUCUUCUUCUUCCCAGAAACAUUUGGGACGAUCUAAAACUUUUGUUUUUUUUUUUUGAGAUGGAGUUUCGCUCUUGUUACCCAGGCUGGAGUGCAAUGGCGCGAUCCCGGCUCACCGCAACCUCCGCCUCCUGGGUUCAGGCAAUUCUCCUGCCUCAGCCUCCUGAGUAGCUGGGGUUACAGGCACGCACCACCAUGCCCAGCUAAUUUUUUGUAUUUUUAGUAGAGACGGGGUUUCACCAUGUUGACCAAGAUGGUCUCGAUCUCUUGACCUUGUGAUCCACCCGCCUCGGCCUUCCAAAGUGCUGGGAUUACAGGCUUGAGCCACUGCACCUGGCCCGGGACAAUCUAAAACUUUAAAGCUUGAAAAACGACUGUGAUAAUGCUAAAGGAAGUGUCAUCCAAUCUAACCACAUCAAUCCUGUCCUUCUGCGUUCACCCAUCCAGACCCUGCUCACGCUCCCACCUGUUUAGAGUUGCGAUCAUAAAGUAUGGAUGGUUUUAUAAUCUCAUUUGUUUUCCUCUUAAUGUCAGACCACAUAGUGCUCAGUUUCUGCGUAGUUUGGUAAUUAUCAUUUCAGAAGACUCCUCUACCAGACUGUGCACUCACUGAAGGUAGAUGUGCUAUCUGAUAAACUGCUGUACAUCCGACAGCUCUUUGGCAGUCUAUGUGUUUGUAUAAUGAAUGAGAGAAUAAGUCAUGUUUCUUCAAGAUCAUGUACCACAAUUUACUUACCCUUACUCUGCUGAUAAACAUUUAACUUGUUUCCAGUGUUUAGCAAAUACAUAUUUUGUAGAAGUUC